UUAGUAAAAAUGAUAAAUAGCAAGCAACCAGGUUACAACAUUUCUCUCAAAAUGGAUGAUAAAGCAGCCAAAAAUAGCUCUAGAGAAUGUAGAAUCAUUGACGAUUCCUCUUCCGAAGAAUUUGAGUUUAAUUCUUGGCUUACAGAAAACAGAAAAAGUAGGAAUGAAAGCAAAGAGAAUUACAAAUUACAGAGAAUUGGUCUUACACCAAUCGUCAGCAAAGAUCUUAAUCAAAGGAAGAAACGUUGCAAGAAACACUCAGAGAAAGCCAGAGACGAAAGCUUCCUCAUGUGUGAUGCUCCAAUUAACUUUUAGCGAGAAAUCAGUUCUUGGAAGACAAGAACCUAAGCAAAGGUACAAGUCAAGUCAUCCUUUUAAGAAUCUCUUUGAAGACAGUGAUACUGGCAAUGAAAUAGUUAGCUCAAAGCAAAUCGUCAUGGAUCAGAUGCUUAUAAAGGAAAAUGAUGAACUUACUAUUCGGAAUUUUACCCCAAUGCAGCAAUUCGACGAUUCUGAGUGGAAGAAGGAAGUCGCUGAAGUAGACAUUCCUGAAAGACUCUACAUCAGGCUUAAAAAUAGACUGAAACCUUCAACCAAGGAGAUUGAAUGAGAAGCAAAGUGGAUAUUUAGGCAUAAAAAGCACUGGGAAAGCUGAGACUCGAAGGAAAAAUAGCAUCAUCUGUAGUAUCCAAAAUGUGCUGACUGAUUUUCGAAUGAGAUAUUUUGAUAUCCCUUUUAUCACUACAUACAGAUAUCAUCUGUACGAAAAUUAUCUUCAAAGGAGCGAGAUUUAUGAAAUCUACGAGCUAGACCUUGAAUGGGAGCAUUUCAGAAAGACAAAGGAGAGCCUACUGAAAAGAUUCGCACAAGUACAGGACCAAAUUCAGGGCAAGGAGGAAAUAGAGCAUUGCAUUGAAAACUCAAUUACAACUAGCGAUCUUCAUGAUAUCAGCCAAUAUCUUACUUUUCGUAUGAAUUUCAUGCCAACUUUUCAGUCAGUGGUAACCGAAGGGAGAGACUUCAACAGGAAGGCUUAUCUAUUAUGGAUCAGGGAGAAUCAAAUUGAUAAAUUUGCAGCAGGCAUCACCAUGCCUCCUCAUAAACUUCUUCAAAACUUGAGAGAACAAAAGUGCGCAAAUAUGAUAGCUGCUCAGACUAAAAAGCCAUCUGAAUUAGCAAGGAAAUAUGUCUGAAAGAGGUAUCCUGAUGUUCUAAAUGUACUGGUUAACAUCUGAUCUUUCAUUGGAGAUGAGCUGGCAUCCCAUCCUAGCAUGAAGAGAUUUGUGCGAGAGAAAUAUCUUCAAGGAGUGCAAAUCUCAACUUUACCAACUGCAAAAGGUGAGAUGGAAUUGAACUGAUUCCAUCCAGAUUAUAAGAUAAAGAGACUCAAAGCUGUUCCUCUUUAUAAAUUCAAAGAUGAGACAUGGCUGAGAAUUCUAAGAGCAAAGGAGAGGCGUCUUAUUCAGAUCGUAUAUGACAAUAACCAUAUCCUUCAGAAGAUUACUGAUGAACUAAGUAAAUUUUACCAAUGCUCAGACUCUGAAACUCCUCACCAAGAAGAAUGGAGAACGUUCUAUUCCGAAAUUAUGGAAUGAACAAUCUGGAAAAAGAUGCUUCCAGAUUUAAAAAGAACGACUAAUCAACAACUGAAAGAAGUGGCUACACAAUAUGUUAUCUCGAAGGUAAAGGAGAAACUCAUGAAGGAUUAUCUAAUGGUUCCUCCAUUUAUUCACAAAAGUCAGCCUUGAAGUAUGAUUUCAAUAAUCUACGAUAAUGAAGAUAAACAUGUGCUAAACGCAGUUCAUGUGAAUAAAUUUGGAGAAUACCAAAAACAUCAAGCUUAUCAUUACCUAAUGCUCCCAUUUGCAAACAAGAAUAUGCCGAACUCUUUCGAAGCCGACAUCCAGAAACUUAAAAGGUUUAUAGUAGAGAGCAGAGCUAGACUUGUAAUCAUCCCAGCUCUUGGGCCAGAAUCGAAAUUUCUUAAAACCCUCAUUCAAGAAAGAAUAAUAGAUGGUCCUAAUACAGCUCUCUUUAAAGAAAACAAGCCUUGGGUCUCUUACGGGGAUACCAAAGUUUCUUUUCUAGCUGCCCAAUCUUCUAGCAUAAACGAUAGCUCAAGAGUUUACCCUACUGAAAUUAGGAAAGGUAUCUUUCUGGCAAGAUUUAAGCAAUCUCCUUUGAAUGAGACGCUUAGACUUUGAAGUCAAACUGAAGGAGAGAGCAUACAGUUACUUAGACUAAACUUCCAUGAAUUCCAGGACUGAGUUCCAAAAGCUAAACUGAUAGAAUCUCUAAGGAGCACUGCAAUACAAUGAGUAAACAGCAUUGGUCUAGAUCUUGGCCAAUUUCUCAUGAAUCCAAACUCUUAUUAUUGAGUGCCUUAUAUAUCUGGACUUGGCGACAUCAAAGCAGCACAGUUCUUGCAAAAUUGUGUGCUGAAUUAUGGCAAAGUUGCAUUAAGAUCAUGCAAAAAUAUACUCCCUCCACAUGUGCAUUACAAUGCUGUUGGGUUCAUAAAUGAAACAAGAAUCAAGGAUUUUAAGAAGAAGGGUGGCUACAAUGUAUUGGAUGGUACAAGAAUUCAUCCUGAUUUUUACCAAAUUGGUACUAAAAUUGCUAUUAUCGCAUGAAAUAACAAAUUAUCAGCAGACAAUUCAGUGAAAAAGAUCUUGAAGCAUCCUCUUGGUUUACGCCAAGUUGACCUUGAUCAGUUUAAUCAAUGCUGAAAAAGUACUACUGGUAACAACUACAAUAGUACAUUCUAUUUCAUCAGAGAUGAAUUGGAGUGCCCAUUCAGAGAUAUUAGAGGAAGCUAUCAAGAGUAUGAAAGCAAUGUAAACAACCAAGAUCGAAAUACCUUCUUUGUACUAACUGGUGAAGAUGAAGACAACUUCUCUGAAGGUUUACUUUUCCCAUGAAUGAUAACUAGAUGCAUCAACUCUUACGUAGUAAUGUGUAAAAGCUUAGCAAAGAGUAACUGGUCUGCCUUCCUCCACAAAGACAAUACUCAUCCUCGAUUGCACAACAAGAUGAAGCCAGGUACUCUCAUCACCGGCAGGAUACUCCAAAUCAACUAUGCCAAAAUCUCUGUCUCAAUUUCCGCAAUGGAAGAGACCAUCAGUGAACAAGAGAUGCUCGCCCAAGUCCCCCAAACCUUCCAGCCCCACUUCAAAACAGACCUCUUACAAGACUCCCCUACAGCCCUCACCUCCACACCUAAACCCCUCCAACCCCCUUCUCCACCCCUCCAUUCCCCACUUUCUCCCUCCAAUAACCCCACCUUCAGAACCAAAAAUCCCAAAAUUUCCUCUAUAAAAUCCUCAUUUCAGCCACACAAAAAUUCCCACUCAAAAAAGCAAAGCACAAAAUCUGAAAAUUUCAACUGGGGAGGUAUAGAGAAUGAUAGUGAAAUUGUGACUGGGCUGGUCAGGGAUGGUGGGGCUGGACAAGGAGAGGAUGAGAGUUGGACAAGUGGGUAUAAAUAUCCUUCACACCUUGCUAUGGAUAUAUCCCUGAACCCAGCAACUGAAAAUUACAAAAGAAAUUUUUAAGAUACAGCCAAAUGGAUUCUUCUAUCGCGGCAAAGUCUUAAAAAGUAUUGGAGAAAUGACAUCUUCUUUUGAAAGAAACUUUAAAUCAGAAGCUCCCAGGAAGUGUGCUAAAAAUCAACAUAAAGGGGCUUCAAGAAAGAUAACAAAACAUGAUUUUGAGAGUGGAUUUUCCAAAGCUCAUAAGAAUACCAACCAGGGAGUGUCUAAACAUGAUUCUGAAUGGGAAGCAGAUGAUAACUCCACCAAGAACUGGCUUCCUUCUAAAGAUCAGUUUGAUGUAGUUGUUCCCCAGUCAAGCUUGAAUGUAGAUAGCUGCUCAUGGCAAACAACUUCCAAUGACAACAAAGAAGAAGCUGCUGGAUGGGGAGAAGAACCUACUAAGAAAGAAGUAAAUAUCAAGGAAGAAGCUGGCUGGAGCAACGAUAGCUCAGAUGAUGAUUGGGGUAGCAAGAAAAAUCCCUCCAACCAGCUCGUCAAUAGGAACCACUUUAGAGGAGGCAGAACAAAAUUUAGAGAGAUAAAUAAUCAUGGCUUUAGAAAUCAAGGAACAAGAAGAGAUAAAGUCUGCUUCAAUUGAGGAGAGAUUGGACAUUUUGCAAGAGAGUGUCCUAGCAGAGAUUUUAAUAACAAAAGACGAGGCUUUAGAAAUGGCAAAACAAAUAGGAGAAAUCACUCUCAAAAAUCUUGGAAGAUGAACACCAAUAAAAAACCUAACACUCAAGAAAAUCAAACAUGGUCAUGGAACAAACAAGAAGCUUCUCCACAAUGGACCCACAGCCAUACGAACCAACCCUCAAACCCUCCCAAAUCCCCUCCUCCCCAUACACCCCCAAGUAUCACCCCCUCCCAUAACCCCCACUCCGCCCUCUUCUCUUGGGCUUCCUCUACCCCCAAAGCUCCUCACCACCCUCUCUCACCCCCUCAAAUCCUGCAUCCUUAA